AUGGUGUCCGCGAAUGAUCGUAUCGAUACUGUAUUCAAUCCAAUCCAAGUAGUUAAAGAUGUUCUUCACCCGAUUGAGCUUGGGGUGAAAAAGGCGGCCAGAGACAUCGAGAGUUGCUGGAUUAGCAAAGAAAAGGAUCUGGGUUUUGUUUUGGGAUCGUCUGGAAGAAACAGGAAGAAGCGGAUUUGUGACUCAGAGGAUAAUAGUAGUAAUGUUCUUCAGUGUGUGGUAAGUGAUGAGAGAAAGAAAGGUUUGUCUAUCAAGAUCCCUGUGAAGUCACUCUUUGAGAAGUUGAGUCGUAGUAGAAACGAAGUGGUGAAGAAAGAAAAGUGUUUGGAGAAAGAAGAUGAUUCUUGUACGAAUUGCUUCAAGUUUGCGAUGACUUGGUCUUUGUUGGUCAGUGGCUUUGUCCAUGCUUUUCCUAUUCCUUUCAAGAUAGGCAAGAAGAGGAUUCAUAAUAUGGGAGGAGAUGAUGAGAAGAGUCUUUUGCAUUCACGUAAACAAAGAGAGCAGCUUAAGUCAAGGAAUUCGUUUGUGAAUCCGAAAGAAAUGAGGUGCCAGUUUGGUGAAUCUACAGAGAAGGAAGUGAACCCUUUUUCGAUUGAAUGCGCAAUGGGUUUUGUUAUUGAAAUGUUGGCUCAGAAUCUCCAGAAGCUUGACCAGUUCUUGCAGGACAGUUCACAGAAUGAAUCUUGUUGUUCCAAGGAACCUCUUGCGUUCUCUCCAACUGAUGAUACUCCACUUAUUUUUAACAUUUGGGAGGCUAGAAAACUCGACGUAAAUGGAUUCCUUGGGAACUUGAUGUUUGCUAGAGUUGGAGAUGUAGCGUCAGGUAUAGUUGGGCUAACAUCUCCCGAAAGUGAAGAUGGUGAUGACAGUAAUGCUGGUAAGGAGGAAAGUGCAGUUGAUACUCCACAGAAGAUUGCUGGUGGGAUACUGAGUAUACCUAUGUCAAAUGUGGAGCGCUUGAAGUCCACACUAUCCACGAUUUCAUUGACUGAACUCAUUGAGCUUUUACCGCAGUUAGGACGACCUUCAGCAGACCAUCCGGACAAGAAAAAACUAAUUUCUGUUCAGGAUUUUUUCAGAUACACUGAGUCUGAAGGUAGGAGGUUCUUUGAAGAAUUAGAUAGAGAUGGUGAUGGUAAGGUAACUUUGGAAGAUCUGGAAAUUGCAAUGAGGAGAAGAAAAUUGCCCAGAAGAUAUGCCAAGGAAUUUAUGAGGCGAGCUAGGAGUCAUCUAUUCUCGAAAUCGUUUGGUUGGAAGCAAUUUUUGUCCUUGAUGGAACAGAAGGAGCCAACCAUUCUCCGGGCCUAUACUUCUCUUUGUUUGACCAAGUCUGGUACUCUUAAGAAGAGUGAGAUAUUGGCAUCACUAGAUAAUGCAGGACUUCCUGCCAAUGAAGAAAAUGCUAUAGCAAUGAUGAAAUUUUUGAGGGCUGAUACCGAGGAAUCUAUCUCAUAUGGACAUUUCCGUAAUUUUAUGGUAUUGCUGCCAUAUGAGCGGUUACAAGAUGAUCCUCGUAACAUCUGGUUUGAAGCUGCAACUGUUGUUGCUGUUGCACCCCCUGUGGCCUUACCUGCAGGAGAUGUUCUAAAAUCUGCAUUAGCUGGAGGGCUUGCCUCUGCUCUCUCCACUUCAUUAUUGCAUCCAAUUGACACAAUCAAGACACGUGUGCAAGCAUCAACCUUAUCAUUUCCUGAAGUAAUAGCAAAGCUUCCAGAGAUUGGCGUCCGGGGAGUAUAUAGGGGUUCUGUUCCAGCGAUUCUUGGACAAUUUUCAAGCCAUGGCCUGCGGACAGGAAUAUUUGAAGCAAGUAAACUUGUGUUGAUCAAUUUUGCUCCCAAUCUCCCAGAAAUUCAGGUUCAAUCGAUUGCAUCAUUCUGCAGCACGCUAUUAGGCACAGCUGUGCGGAUUCCAUGUGAGGUGCUGAAGCAACGGUUGCAGGCUGGCAUGUUUAACAAUGUAGGGGAAGCUAUUGUAGGGACGUGGAAGCAAGAUGGUCCAAGGGGAUUUUUCCGUGGGACAGGUGCAACGCUUUGCCGUGAAGUUCCACUAUACGUUGUUGGCAUGGGACUGUAUGCAGAGUCCAAAAAGAUGGUGGCGCAAGUUCUGGGAAGAGAACUGGAGGCAUGGGAGACAAUAGCGGUUGGGGCAGUGUCAGGAGGUAUAGCAGCAGUUGUAACAACGCCGUUUGAUGUGAUGAAGACAAGAAUGAUGACUGCAACACCAGGGAGACCGAUCUCAAUGUCGAUGGUAGCCUUCUCGAUUCUGCGUCACGAGGGACCGCUUGGUUUAUUCAAAGGAGCAGUCCCGAGGUUCUUCUGGGUGGCUCCUCUUGGUGCAAUGAACUUUGCUGGCUACGAAUUAGCCAAGAAAGCUAUGAAAAAGAACGAGGAAGCUGUGUUGGUGGAUCAGCUUGGUCAAAAGAAGCUUUGCUAA